AUGGCAACUCUGCCUCGGGCAAAGAAGCAAAGAAGAGGCGAGGCUCCGCGUAUAGACAGCAACCUAGCCAAACUCUCUGAAGGCUACCACCAACCACUUCACGAGUCCAUCGUCGACAAUCCCAACGCUUCCUCGUACUCAAACAACUCGGCUGAUCCAUCCAGCUCUUCGUCCCAUCAGUACGCCUACCCUGACCCAAUGUCGACUCUUCCGGCUCAAGUCCCGGCCACCCCUUUGAACGGCUACUACAAUGGCCAUGGCCAUCGGCAACAUCGCAGCUCUCACAGCUACGCGCCUGUCGCUGGCGGAUCCUCGCACUAUCAGUCGCCCCGAACCCCUGCGAGCGUGAAAGAGGUCAUAGCUGGUCAGGUGAGUCUUGAUCGAAGCAUCCUGCAUGCUGAAGACAGCGAUAUUCAGAGGAGGAAGGGGGAAAGCUUGCAAGUUUGCUACUGAGAGGAGAUUUGAAUGUUUAGGCGAUUUAGCUCGUCGUCUGAAUGCAUGUGACGCUCGGUAGCAUAGGCGCGAGCACGACGUACUGCCUCAGUGGAUACCUGGAGAGCAGGGAUUUGAUGCCAGUCGCUGACGCGUUUCCAAUUUGGUCAUCUGUACAUCUCGCGCUGUCCCUUGCGAACCAGGAACGAGAAGUCUUCGUCCUUUCAGACGGCUCCGACAAUGAAGAGGAUAGACCACCUGCCCAGCCAUUGGCUGCGGACGUAUACCAUGGCAAUGGCGCAGGGCCGGGUUCAGCAUACAAGACAUCGCGGGGCUAUGCUGGACAGACCCGAACACGGGCACGACCAGAGGCCGGCGACGCCUAUGCCGCAGCCCCCAAGGGGAAGAGGAAGGCGGAGGAGGAGUACGGUUCGUACAACUCUGUUGCAGCAUCUACUGCUGGCUCCAUCGCAUCAACUCGGGAAGCAGAAGCUGUUCAGAAACGCCGGCGAAAGGACGAUCCGUACAUCCACGCGCAGCACACUGGCCAUACUUCACACCAGCAGCCUGAUGCUUAUGGAAGCACAGCCUAUCAUGAGCAAGUCCCAGCGAUGUCGGGGCUUGCAGUCCAGGACCCAGGAUACCUCUCAAAGGCAUCACAAGCGAGGGUGAGUCUGCUCGAGCUUGUCGCUCCGGCAUCUAAAUUGGCGCAUAGCUCGCUGACGAGAAUGCGCGUCAUUUUGUACCCUAGAGUCGCAACUAUGCACCUCAGCUACCAGUCGACGACAAAGAAGGUCACUUCAUCGUACGCAAAGGUGAAAAUGUGACAGAAAGAUGUGAGUCAACUAAGUGCUUUGCUUGCCGACCUUCCCAGUUGAGAGAGGCUGAGCUCAACGACACUCCUUGCCGGCUUCGAACAUAGACAAAAUCAUGCAGCAAUUGGGUCAAGGCACCUUUGGCAAGGUUGUCGAGUGCUGGGACCGGCGUGAGCAAAAGUUCGUCGCGAUCAAAAUCAUUCGCGCAAUUCAGAAGUACAGGGACGCAAGUCAGAUCGAGAUUCGCGUACUCAAGCUUUUGCGGCAGCAAGAUCCCAAGAACGAAAAGUGAGUCUGACUUGUCCCUGAAGCAUGCUCUCGAUUUGCCUAGCUGAUCAUGCGCAUUCAUUCCGACAUUCACAGCAAAUGCAUCCACCUGAUUGAGACAUUCUCAUACCUCAAUCACGUUUGCAUUGUUUCGGAGCUUUUGGGACAGAGCGUUUUUGAUUUCUUGAAAGAGAACCAAUUUGCUUCGUUUCCCCCUCGGCACAUAUGGUCAUUUGCCAGACAAUUGUUGCAGAGCGUCGCCUUCUUGCAUCGGUUGAGCCUGGUCCACACCGAUCUCAAGCCGGAGAACAUCUUGCUGGUGGACAGCAGCUACGAGAAUGUAGCCACCACCAAGGUGAGUGAUGCUCUUGCCCCAUUUGCAGGAGGGACCCAUCUUCAAAGUCCAGAGCUGACGCUCGUUGCGCGCCCGCAGCGAGCAAACGCAAAAAAGAAGCGCGUUCUGAACAACUCCGAGAUUCGCCUCAUCGAUUUUGGAAGUGCGACAUUCAACAAUGAGUACCAUUCUCAAGUCGUCUCGACCCGGCAUUACAGAGCGCCAGAAAUCAUCUUGCGUGAGUGCAUUGGUGGCCUAGACUGGACGAUGUAAUUAUGCUAAUCUUUUGUAUGAUCUGGAUCAAUAGAAAUGGGCUGGUCAUAUCCAUGUGACGCAUGGUCUAUUGGCUGCAUCUUGGUAGAAUUCUACACCGGUGACGCGCUGUUCCAGACGCACGACAAUCUCGAGUAAGUCAUUGCGAAUUUUCUUUCCUUUUUGUGGGUCGAGUGGAACUGACCUUAGCCUCACGGCUUUCGUUGCAGACAUCUUGCGAUGAUGGAGGUUGUUCUUGGGCCCAUGCCUGAGCAGUAUCGCCGCAAGGCCGAGACCUAUCGACCAGACUUUUUCCACAACCAGAGACUCAACUGGCCCAACAAAGAGACAACACCACAGUCCAGACGGUACAUGAAGCGCAUGAAGCGACUGCAGGAAAUUGUCAGCGGUCCCGUCGGUUACAAGAAGCACAACGACAUGUUCUUGAAUUUGCUGCAGAGACUGCUUGAAUACGAUCCGGAACGGAGGUGAGUGCUCUCAGCGUGACCCUGCAAGCGAGGUUGUGCCCAUCGCUCACCCUCUUGAUACCCGCUCACAGGAUCACGGUUGCGGAAGCACUCAAGCAUCCAUACUUUUCCUUGGUCGAUUCUGAGUUUCCGGGUCCAGCCUGCACCCAUGUCACACGACCAGGCAUCAACCCUCCUCAGUGA